AUGGCGAUUCAGAAGAAGCACGGCAAAGGUCGUCUCGACAAAUACUACUAUCUCGCCAAAGAAAAGGGCUACCGUGCCCGAGCCGCCUUCAAGUUGAUCCAGCUCAACAAGAAGUACUCCUUCCUCCAGAACGCAAAAUGUCUCAUCGAUCUGUGCGCCGCGCCCGGAUCAUGGCUGCAAGUGGCGGCGGAGAUCAUGCCACAGAAGUCGCUCAUCGUCGGAGUGGACUUGGCUCCCAUAAAACCCAUCCCGAAGGCGAUUACCUUCCAGGGCGACAUCACAACCGAUAAGACGAGAGCGAUCAUUCGGGGACAUCUCAAGACUUGGAAGGCCGACUGUGUCAUCCACGACGGUGCGCCCAAUGUGGGUACCGCUUGGGUGCAGGAUGCUUUCUCGCAGAACGAGCUGGUGCUGUGUUCGUUGAAAUUGGCGACGGAGUUUUUGGCGCCGAAUGGGACGUUUGUGACGAAGGUGUUCAGGAGCAAGGAUAGUGCGAAGUUGGAGUGGAUUUUCAAGCAGCUUUUCGCGAAGGUUGAGCAGACGAAGCCGCCAUCGAGCCGAAAUGUCUCCGCCGAGACUUUCUAUGUGUGUCGCGGAUACAAAGCGCCGAAGCACCUCGAUCCUCGAUUCUUGGACCCACAGCACGCCUUUUCCGAGAUUGAAGAGUCGGCGCCGAAUAAUGAGGCCAAGGUCUUCAAUCCGGAGAUCAAGAAGAGGAAGAGAGAUGGUUACGAGGAGGGCGACUGGACACAAUUCAAGGAAUGCUCGGCGAGCGAGUUCAUUCAGACGAAUGAUCCGAUCGCAGUGCUGGGAAGCAUGAACAAGCUGCAUUUCCGACAGGAAGCCAAUGGCGACAUUGCGCAGGCGGCGCUUGACAAACUGCCGGAGACAACCGAUGAGGUGCGAAUAUGCUGCGAGGAUCUCAAGGUGCUGGGUCGCAAGGAGUUCAAGACUCUCCUUCGAUGGAGAUUGAAAGCUCGGGACAUCUUCGGAAUGAGAGUGAAGAAGACGAAUGCUGAGAAAGAGAAGGCGGAAGCUGAGAAGGCGGCGGAAGAUGCGGCAGGAGAAGAGGUGGCUGUCGUUGAGAGCAUGGACGACGAGCUGCGUUUGCAAGAGGAGAUCGCCGCACUGAAGGAUACACAGAACAAGCUGAAGCGCAAGGACCGGAGGAAGGACAACGAGAGGAAGCAAAAGGAGAUUGUGCGCAUGCAGAUGGGUAUGACGACUCCUUCUGAGAUCGGUAUCGAAGCUGGCGGACCCGAAGGCAGCGAUGCAGUCUUCCGAUUGAAGGAUGUCGACAAGGGUUCGGAUGUCCGCCAAGCUAUCAUUCGUGGUCGCAUGCACACUGCGGUCGAGCCGGAGAAGCCAAAGGAGGAGAGCAGCGAUGAGGAAGAGGACGAAGACGGCGAUCUGCUUGAGCGUGAACUGGACAGCAUGUACGAGCAGUACCAGGAGAAGAAGGAAGAUCGCGAUACCAAAGCCAGGGCGAAGCGUGCACGCAAGCUUGCUCGUGGCAAUGACAUCGAGGAGGAGUUUGAAGGCUUCGAUGCUGAGGGCAAGGAAGGGUCUGAGGACAGUGACGAUGGCCUUCUUGAAGACGAGGAUGACUCGGACAGCGAUCACGAAGAUGUUGGAGAUGGGCUGUUGACGGAUCUUCAAGGCAAGGAUAUGAAAGAGGGCGGUCUCACACGACGUGCUGCGAGCUUCUUCCAGCAGGACAUCUUCAAGGGUAUUGACGGACUGGAUGACGAGGAGGAUGAUGAGCCUGAUGCAGACAAGGGCAGAGACAGCGGUGUUGACGACUGGGAAGAGGGCACCACCAAGCCUCUCGCCGACGGCGCUGAUCCUACCCGUCCAAACAUCGACAUCAUCACCGCCGAAGCCAUGACUCUCGCACAUCAACUGGCAACAGGCAAAGUCACCAAGCAACAACUCCUCGACGACAACUUCAACCGCUUCACCCUCCGCGACGUCGACGGUCUGCCCGAAUGGUUCCUCGACGACGAGAAUAAGCAUUCUCGCCCCCAACGACCAGUUUCUGGAGAAGCCGCCGCAGCCAUCAAAGAGAAGCUUCGCGCCUUGAACGCCCGACCUAUCAAAAAGGUCCGCGAGGCGAAAGCGCGCAAGACCCUCCGCACCGCUCGACGAUUGGAAAAGCUGAAGAAGAAGAGCGAAGGCUUAGCGGAAGACGGAGACGCGAGUGAGAGGGACAAGGCGAGCAAUAUCCAGAAACUGAUGGCCAAGGCGAAGAAGGGUACGAAGAAGAAGCAGACUGUUAGUGUGGUGCGUGCGGGAGGACACAAUAAGGGUCAAGGCAGACCUAGAGGUGUCAAGGGCAAGUAUAAGAUGGUGGAUUCGAGGUUAAAGAAGGAUGUUAGGGGAUUGAAGAGGGCGGAGAAGAGGAAUAAGAAGAGGUAG